AUGAAGUCAAUCCUCUUUGUCAUCGCCGGGUUCCUGGCUGUUUUAAUUCCUGCGUCGGCUACACCCCAAUGCCACAUCAAUCCGGUGAAAAUCCCGCGGGACUGGGUGUCUAUGGUAACCCGUUGCCGAUCUUCAAUGCGCAGACAGAUCCAGAUGGAGGUCGCUGCUUCAUUGCAGUACUUGGCGCUUGGCGCCCACUUCUCUAGGGAUGUUGUAAAUCGUCCAGGUUUUGCUAAGCUGUUCUUUGAUGCUGCCGGCGAGGAGCGUGAACACGCGAUGAAGCUCAUCGAAUACUUGCUGAUGAGAGGAGAACUUACAUCUGAAGUCAGCAACCUUUUGCACAUCAGGCCACCACACUUCGGUGACAGAAAACCAGAAACUGGAGUCGAGGCCUUGGAGCAUGCCCUCCUCUUGGAGCACCAGGUCACCGAAAGCAUCAGGAAACUUAUCAUCGACUGCGAAGAUGGUGCUAAGGAGGACACUGAUCCUAGCAAGUUCAACGAUUAUCAUCUUGUGGACUAUCUGACUGGCGAAUUCUUAGAGGAACAGUACAAGGGCCAACGCGACUUGGCCGGCAAGGCUUCAACCCUCAAGAAGAUGAUGGACCGCCACGGAGCCUUGGGAGAGUUCCUCUUCGACAAAAAACUUCUUGGCAUGGAUGUUUAA